AAACGGAUCUUGAAAUCAUAUUUAUAAUAUUGCUUUAAUAGUUACCUUCCGAUUCUUCAAUCAUGAGUUUUUCACAGGCCCCGACUUUCAAAGUUGGCCUCACUCAAGAGGAGAAGCAACUUUAUGCUCAACUUUUUAAAUCUCUCGAUACUGAAAGUACCGGUAUUGUUCUGGGAGAGAAAUCCCGCACCACAUUCGAGAAAUCUGGAUUACCCCCAACCAUUCUUGGCGAGAUCUGGCAAAUUGCCGACCACAACAAUUUGGGUUUCUUAACUCAAUUUGGAUUUUGUUUGGCCAUGCGUUUAAUUGGUAGAGCUCAACUGGGUAGCCAUCCAACUUUAGCCUUGGCCGAAGUUCCAGGACCUCUUCCAAAGUUUGCCGGAUUGGCUACCAAUGCAAUCUCUACAAACUCUGUUGCUCCACUCCAAUCGCAAUCAACGUCAUCUUCGUUUAUGCUGCACCAACCAUCUUCAAUCAUCCCGCAAAAUACAGCCACCAACAACACUCAACCUCAAGACCCUAUUGGUCCUAUUUCGUCAGCAGACUAUCAACGUUUUGGCCUGUUGUUUAUUAAGACGGUUGGAAGUGCUCAAGGUGAAUUAACUGGCCCAAGAGCAAAGGAUAUUUUCUUGAAGGCUAAGUUACCUACUGCUACUUUGGGUCAAAUUUGGAACCUUGUUGACAAGGAUAACUUGGGAAAAUUAGACUUGAAAUCAUUUGUUAUUGCAAUGCAUUUAAUCCAUGGGGUUUUGAGUGGUAAGAUUAGUCAAUUGCCUCCAUUUUUGCCAGAAAGUGUUUGGGAUAUUUCAAAUGGUGUAGCUGGUAACUCUAACUCCAAUUCUAGUGGCUCUCAAACUGGUACAGUCUCCCAACAGACUGUACCAGCACCAGCUGCCGGACCUCUCAGAACACCAACUGAUCAAUCGUUCCGUCUUGCACCUCCAGGUGUUACUGGUGGCGCAUCUGCGUCACCUAUUUCGUCUCCAAACCACCGUCAAUCUUCGUACUCGUCGAUCAAUUCACAACAAACGACUGUUAGACACCCUAACUCUCCUUCGCGUGAACCAUCUAGUGGAUCAGCAGCCCAAUCUUCUUGGUCUAUCUCCCCCACUGCUAAAUCUCAGUACGAACAUAUUUUUGAUAAUCUUGAUAAGUCCAAGUCUGGCACUUUAAGUGCAGACCAAGUAGCUUCUGUCCUUAUGUCUUCUAAAUUGAAUCAAGAGGAUUUGGCUACAGUUUGGGAUUUGUCCGAUAUCCAAAAUACCGGGGUUUUCACUAAAUUAGAGUUCACCAUUGCCUUAUAUUUAGUGAAUAGAAGGUUGGCUGGAGAGGCAUUUCCUAACAUUGUUCCGGCAGCAUUGAUUGAGAGUAUCCAAAGUAAUCAAAGUGUUCAUAAUGGAGCAGAAAGAUCUGUAUCAACAGCUUCUACGCAAGGUUUUGCACCACCGCAUACUGUUGCAACCAGUAACACUAAUGCUGCUGCAUCAUCUCCAUCUUCAGCCCCAAAGAGUAAUUUAGAUGAUCUUGUAGACAUUUUUGGAUCAGCUCCACCAAUGCCACAACCCGAACCUCAACUUUCUAAGAGACAAUCAUCAAGUGACCUAACCCCGGUAGGUACCGGUGACCUACCAAAAGUUCGUAAAAACUUGACUGGUUCGUUCAAGCCUACGUCAACUUUUGGUCAAAGUUUACUUCUGAAGCAUGACGAAGAGCCAAACUUGCUUGGAGAUGAUCAUACUCUGGAUCCUACUGGUGCACCCGCACACGCUCAAUCUGCUUCUACAGUUUCUACUGACCAGCCUAAGCCUAUUACGGCUUCCAAUGAAGUUAGUUCAUCUUCUGGCACUUCCAAGUCAAUUAAUUAUGACGCAUUACGUAGUGUACCACCACCACCAAGCAAGCAACAAAGAGAAGUUUCAAAUACAGAAUUUGGCUCUCCACAAGCUUCUAGUGCCCCAACUGGUCAAAAUUCCUACACUAGGGCACCUACUGGGAAUUAUUCUGCCCCUAUAGAUAACAACGAUUUACUUGCAGACACUGCUGUUUCUGGUCAACUCUCACAAGCAACAUCAGAUAUUGCGAAUGUGUCCAACCAAAUUAAAUCUCUCUCAACUCAAACUACUUCCUUACACGAUAAGAAAUUACGAGCAGAACAAGAAUUGGCUAAAAUUCUUGCCACAAAACGCGAAAUUGAUGGUAAGUUGAAGCAAUUGAGGUCUCUGUAUGAAAACGAAGUUAAGCAAGUUGAUCAAGUCGAACAGAACCUCGUAGUUGCACGUGAAGAAACUGAAGCAUUGAGAUCCGAAGCUUCUAUCUCUGAAGCCAAAUUUAACCAUUUGUCAACUGAAUUGAACGAAAAACAAGUUGCUAUGGAGGAUUUGCAAAAGCAAAACUCAACAUUAAAAGAAAAGUUAGGAUUCUUGAACGCAGAAGUUGUAGAAUUGGAAACUCAAUUGACUCAAUUGACAAAUGAGAACCAAAGGUUGAAUAAUCAAUUGUCAGUGAAGAAAUCCCAAGUUCAAGUUUCAAUUGUUAAAAGUGAAGAAUUGAAGAAUAAGGUUUCUGAAUUGACUGAAGAAAAUAGACAAUUAUCUGAAAGAUAUAGGAAAGAGGAAGAGGAAGAAAGGAAGCAAGCAGAGGAACAACGUAGAUACGAGGAAGAAAUCAGAGUGCAAGAAGAACACAAGAGAAGAAUUGAAGAAGAGAAAGCAACAAGAGAACAGAAAGCCAAGUCUGAUGCAGCAGCAGCAGCAGCUGCUGCUGAAAGAAGUAAGCCACCUCCACCUGCUAGCAGACGGGUUUCAAAGGAACCACCUGUCGCAUCUACACAUUCAGAAAAUUCAAGUAGUGUUGUACCUGCAGCAAUCGUUGCAGGUGCGGGUGCAGUAGGCGCUGCUGUCGUAGGAGCGAUUGGUUUGAGUCAUUCUGAGGAGAAACAUUCUGAUGAGGACGUAAUUUCUAAAGGUCAUACCAAGGACAUUGUCCCUCAAGCCAAUUCUGUUGACGUGGAACCAGUCGCGGAUCACGUAUCUAAUGAUUUAAAUAGCUCUACCUAUACGGGUGGUCCAUCUCAUGCACUUGAGCUGAGAAAAUCAUUUGACAAUCCAACCAAUGAUGGUGAACUGCACGUCGAAACUGACACUACCACCCCAUUGGACGACCAUGCAGUCCAAGUUGAUGCCAAUGUUCCCGGUGCAUUCCCUACAGAAGUUGACAAGCCACUUGACUCUGGUGAUGACCUUGACAAUGAUGAAUUCUCUUCAUCAUUCCCCAAGUUGGAACAGCACCCAGAUAGUACUACUGCCCCAUCUACAACUUCACUCACUGAGUUUAAUGAUGGUGAAACUCCCGUAACUUCUCCAAACAAUUCUGACUUUCAAUUUCCACAAGGAACCAACGCUGGAAUUGUCGGUGGAAUGGUUGGAAUGCCAGGAGUUCUUGUAGGAGUGCAACGUACCGACUCAUUAACUUCUAGUGUUCAAAACAAUGCUGCUUUAUCUGUACGCGAUGAUAAUAUUGAUGAAAUGAGUGAUAGAGAAACUUUAGACGUGACUGAAGGCACGGAAAGAACUUUGCCAAACAGUGCCGACAAUGAAAUUUCUCGCUCCGUUAAGGAUGAAUUUGCUUCACCCCCUACUCAUCCCGAAGAAAGUGACGCAGAUAAGUUUUCUUCUGGAGUCGAAUCCUUUGAAAUGGUAAAUGCUGAAGAAAUUUCACCACAUGAACCUCCAACUUAUUCUGAAACAAGUAAAAAGGCUACCGGUAAUGAAUCUGGACACAUCCUGCCCAAUAUUGAUACAGAAUUUCCACCAAUUAAGGAAUUUGAUUACGAUGAAAGUGAUUCAUCCGAUGAUGAAUCUCAAGAGAAGUUUGAUGAUGCUGUAGAUAAUUUACCAAACAAGCCUACAGUAUCUGCCGAACUUCCAGCUCCAGAAGUUGAUUUUGAUUCUGCUUUUGAUGAUUUGGAACCUACGGCUCAAGAAACUAAACAACCCGAACAAGAAGACUUGUUUGCUGGGUUGCAAGAAGCUGCCCCAGAAGAUGACGUUGACGAGUUUGCUAUGAGUCAAAAAUUUGAUUUUGAUGAAGAAUUUACCAAUCAAUCAAAUUUUGCAGAUUUUGCAUCUACAGUUCCUGACAGUUCAAAUGUUGCAGCUUCAUCGUCCAAUGGUGGCGAUGAUGAAUGGGAGCAAUUAUUUGCUGGAUUCGGUAAUGCAGGCACCAGCGAGCCUGUUGCAACUCCUGCGGCACCUCCAGUUGCUUCCCAGCCUGCAACUUCAUCCGUUCUUCAGAGUCUGAUCGAUGAGCUUGUCGGAAUGGGCUUUGAUGAAAAGACAGCAGCAGAAGCCUUGAAUAGAGAAGGUGGAGAUUUGGAAGCUGCUACAAAUUACUUAUUGGACAAUGCUUGA